CGAGAAUUCUUGCUGCUGUGAGAAUUCCGGGCUUCCUGGCCUCAUGACAACACCAAGUGAAACAAGAAGUUCCAGAAUGCGGGGUCCUAGGCCUGGGUUGGAGAGGGCCGACGGGCACAGAGCCAGGCCCAGGGGCUCAGGCCGCAUAUAGGCUCAGGUUCAGAACCUGCCGGCUGUGGCUGGUGGGGGUGCCCGACACGUGUCUCAGCAUGGGUCUGGAGCUCUAUCUGGACCUGCUGUCAGCAUCCUGCCGCGCUGUCUACAUCUUCGCUAGGAAGAACAACAUCCCCUUUGACUUCCAGUUUGUGGAUCUGCUAAAAGGUCACCACCACAGCAAGGAAUACAUAAAGAUCAACCCCCUGAAGAAGGUACCCAGCCUCAAAGAUGGAAAAUUUGUCUUAUCUGAAAGCGUGGCCAUCCUUUUCUACCUGUGCCGCAAGUACAGCACACCCUCACACUGGUACCCACCAGACCUGCACACACGUGCCCGCGUGGAUGAGUUCAUGGCCUGGCAGCACACUGCCAUUCAGAUGCCCAUGAGCAGGAUCCUCUGGAUCAAGAUGCUGAUCCCAAUGAUCACUGGUGAGGAGGUUCCAGAUGAGAAGGUGGAACAGCUGCUGGCAGAGGUGAAGAACAGCAUGCAGCUCUUUGAGGAGAAGUUUCUGCAGGACAAGAUGUUCAUUGCCGGGGACCACAUCUCACUGGCUGACGUGGUGGCCCUGGUGGAGAUGAUGCAGCCCAUGGGAGGCAACUAUAAUGUCUUCCUCAAUAGCUCCAAGAUUGCUGAGUGGCGCAUGAGGGUGGAGCUGGCCAUUGGCCCUAGCCUCUUUGGGGAGGCCCAUGACCGGCUGAUGAGGUUGGCCGAGUGGGACAGUUCAACAUUGGAUCCAAUGGUCAAGGAGAGGAUCUGUGAGUUGCUGCAGAAGUUCAAGUAGAAGCAGCCCAUCCUGCAGGACCUGGCUGGCCCAGGCCUUCGAGCUUCUUUCCUUAGGGGAGAUGUUGAAAACAAUUCCACUUCUUCACCUAAUAAAGUACUGUCACAACCACCAUGGUUGCUGGGCCUGGGACAGUUGGUGUGAGCAUAAGUUCUCGUGUGGGAGAAGGUGGCGGUGAUGGGUACUCCCAGGUUCCAAAAAGAGUUUAAAAGCUGAAGGUUAAAUAUGAUUAAGGGUGCCCUGCUGGCUCAGUUGGUAGAGCAUGUGACUCUUGAUCUUGUAAGGGUUAAAUUGUAGUGUAGGGCUAACCUGUAGCCUUAAGAAAUAACAGCUUUAACACCGUAGACUAAGAGAUGACAGCCUUGGCCUAUCAAUCAAGGGAACAAAAGUUCAAGGAAAAUCAACUGGAUUAGUGUUUGAUUGGAGUGGGGCAGGGCAUGUCUGAACUGUUUCCACCCCCAUCUGGGAACUAUUUCUUUGUUCUGUUCCCAGAUGAUGAUAAGACCAUGUGGUCGGCUAUAAAAACUCUGUACCCUGGCUGUUUGAGACCGCACUUGGGUCAAGAGUGUCGGUCUUGAUCAGUUGGCCUUGCCUCUCAUUGCAAUAAACUUUGUUGUGACUGUCA